CUCUCCCUGUAAACAAAUGAUACAUAUUGUACCAACAUCAAAUCAUUUUCUAAUCAGAUUUAUAUAAUUUUUUGAAUGGAGGAGCCUUGGCCUACAAUGACCCCCGUCCAGAAGUUAGUGGCGACCUGGCCUUGAUCAAGCCCAGAGCCACUGAAUCCACUCUCAGCACUGAGCAGCUGGCAGGAAUGCUAUAAAAAUGGUCAAAUCUACAGAGCUAUUUUGUGACUCAUGCAUUGUCCAAUCAAGUGUGUUCCAACUAUGGCUAUUUGAUUGGUGUUCCCACUGAGAAAAUGGGUUCAGUUUGAGGUUUGGAUCUCAAGGGGUAUAGGCCACAGACCAAUCACAGAUGCACUAUGUUUCUGUUUUGGCAUCAUAACAUCAAAGGAUACAUCACAAUGUAAAUACAGGCAGCAAAGCCACACCCCCUUUUGAUAUCACUAUUUAUGUAGGCUAUGUUAUAAGGAAGAACAGAGUAGUUUGAAUCCUGAAAACAAUAAAAUGCUUUUAAGGGGAAUUAUAAAUAGCUCAUGAUUGUGCUCCAAAGAAUCAGCCUUUCCUAAGAGGAGAAAUAUGCAACACAUUCUUGUUCGUAAACAAGUUUAAAUUGGUGUGGCAGUCGGCUGUGGUUUUGAAAUUCCGCUCUUGUGCCAGUCGUGCUUCUCCUUACCACCAUUACUUUCGGUAGAGCGGCAGCUGCCAAAUUUUAGGUCAGUUUCGCUCUCCUCACUUAAUCCCCUAAAGCAAUUUUCUAAGUCCACCUCUUUCAGACCAAAUUAAUUAAGGCAACAAAAGCUUGUCACUCUGCAUCACUCGUUCGUGCACGCGUGUCGUGGCAACAACCCAUUUUAAUACAACAGUGUAACGGGCACACGCAUCCUGUUGCAUAACAGAAAUGAAUUAGGAUGAAGCCCACAUGCAUUCCAUGCAAAACGAGAUGAACUAAAGUGCAGAAAUGUUUUUGGUUAUGCGUUUACACAUAAUCCCCCAGCGAGCUCACAUUCAGAGUGCCACAGAACAAAGACAGGCGGGUGCAAUGAUCUGCCAUGAUCUCAACCCCGCUUUCCGGUUAGCUCGUGUUGAGAACGCUGCUUUUACCGUACACGAGUGUCAAGCGCGCACCAAAAAUGUUGGUUUCUUGGAGGGGGGAGUGUCCCUUGAGCCGUGACCAAGCCGUGUGAGAACGAAUGCAAUGCCUAUUGGAAAUGAUUUAAACUACUAUCGCAAAUAAUCCUAUGCAUGGUAUCCGUGAUCGUAAACUAGAAGUCGUUGCUGCCAAGUGGGGGAGAAUUUCACAGCGUGGCAGUCUUCAGCUGGUAACACUGCAGUCUAUAUUUACCACGCCUCUCCACCAGGAGCUACAGAAACUGCUCACCUAGCCUACCUUACUUACCAUUACGUUAGUUACUUAACUAUUACAUAACCCGCGCCUGCUAUCGAUCAGAAAAUAGUUACGUCAAAUUACACAACCAUGUGAUGGCAGCGGCAUAGCCGCGCGUGUCAUUGAGGUUUAGCAAGACGUCCGGUUACUUUAGCAAUUGCGAUUUUUACCACAGAAGAGGCAUAAUCUGGACAGGCUAAGCGCUGUGUGCCCGAGGAGUAGAGUAGGAAGGUCAUGAUAAGUUUAUCAAAUUCUCUCCGGAAUGCAAAGGAUCGCUACAAUGUUGUAGCCUACAACAGUCUAUGUCUGUUUAUUUUAUUAUGAGAGUCCACUCAGAUUAGGCUAUGUGUAUUUUAUGUUUUAGCGGAUUGUCACGAUGACCUGGGCAAACAAAAAUGGAUUCGUUAAGUUAAUGAUGGAUCAUCCGACCUAGUUGCUGUGGCCUACCAAUUUCCACUUGGCACACAAGCCAAUGUUAUUAUUGUUGAUAUUAUUAAUAAUAGCCCAAUAAUACAGUACUGUACAAAAUAGCCUACCUACAUGGGCUGCACGCCAUGGCAUUUCAUUUAGAAAUACCUGACCAUAUGCAUUCAUUCUCGCUCGCUUAGACAUGUUACUCUCUGCUCUGUAUAAAGAUGAUUCGUUGUAAAAGAAAGUUCUCUGUUGGAGCAAAAUGGCGUACAACUACUGGUGGCCCAUGCUGCAGAAAGCUUGAAAUUGGUAGAUGCCAGGAAUAGUGUUGCGUCUUCACAAGGGACAGUACGGUAGCAUCCAAGGGGUGUACACAUGAUGCGUUGAAAGAGGAGGUAGUUCUUCAUUUCAAUCAGUUGUGUGUUGAGUUCUGUGUAUUUUCCAUUUCUUUUUCGGGGAGAGGGGGGAAGAAUGAAAGAGGUCUUCCAACAAAGCGGACGACAUCAUGAACGGCGCACUGUAUAUUUCGUUUUUCCAAGGCCAGCUCGAAUCUGCGCUGGAGCAGGUAGUGCAACUCGCGGUUCAGGAAAUAAGCAAGACUGUUGGUGCCACCUUGAAUUCUAUGUUGCUGGAAACGGCUGCCAAGGACCAAGAAAACCAACGACUGAGAGUGAAACUUCAGUCGACGGAGUAUGAAUGUAAUAAAGGACAUGGCAAAGCUGGCACUUGUAAAGGCGGGAGAGAAACGAAUGUGGCCAGCGGAGAAACAAAGCCAGAGCAACACACCCCCAGCCCGAGUCGAGAGCGCAGCAUGCAGGCAGACACUCUCAGGAUCGAACAGAAAGGGCGAGCAGUGGGGCAGCUUAAAGCAGUGAUGGAGCAGGUGCUGGAGUUCGCUGUGACGGAGCUGACUAAAAUUGUGGAGGACAGCUUUGACGACCUGCUCCUGGAACUGACCAAGGUGGACCACGAGAACGAGGUCUUGAAUGGCCGCCUGUGGGCGGUCAAGAAAUGCCACGAUGACAACGGCAACAGAAGUGAUACCACAACAGUUGGAAGGCAUGGCGUUACCAUGGUGAAGAGGGAGUCCGACAAUGACUCUGACUCGCCGGGCAGCUCAGAGGGCGUGCGGCAAGAGCCGCGUCGGGGGCGAGAUCGGGCUGCCAAAAUCACACGGGCAAAACAACAGACAUCGAAUGAAACGACAAACGAGACGGACAAGCAGAAGGUCUUAGCCGUGGCCCAGGACUGGGUCCCCAUCCUGGACAAGGUCUUCGGUCAGAAGUGGUGCAGCGACGCGUGGCACAUCAAAGAGGUGGCCACGGUGGUGAAGACCGAGGCCAACGCGGCGGACCACGCUCUCAGUCCGCUGGGCUCGGGCCACAUGUCCCACGCGGACGCCCUCAUCCGGGAGACCCUGGUGCCGACCCGCCCCCCAGGGGGCCAGAGGGAACCGGACACGGGCCAGUCCGACUGGCUGCAGCCGGAAGACCUGGAGGUUCUGUCUCCACCUUCGGUGGUGAGCCCCACAGGUGGUAUUUCUGACAUCACUCACCGUUCCAUGCUGCACAGGCUUCUGACACUCCCCUCGCAGUUGCUAGAGGGCGAUGAGGAGUCGAUGGAGGCGCCGCCUAUCUUCUUAGAGGCUCCUACCGACUCCUCUGAGACAGCUCUCGCAGCCACCUCUCCCAGGCUAGCCUCCCCGCCGGCCCUGAUGGCGGAAGAGGAGGAGGAGGAGGAGGAGGAGGUGGUGGCGGAGGAAGAGGAUGAGGAAGAGGAAGAAGACAAAAGCUCCGACACGGACCACGGGUUCUCCCCACGGGGCGCUCGGAGCUCGGGCAAGAAGAUGCACGUCUGCAAGCAGUGCGGGAAGCGCUUCAGCCGGGCGCACCUCCUCAAGGCGCACCGGCAGACGCACGAGACGGGCUCUGCCGUCCGCUGCCCGGAGUGCGGCAAGCGCUUCACGCACCCCUCACGCCUGCAGGCUCACCUACGCACACACCGCGAGCACCACGUGAGGAGCCGACGAGAACCUCAGGAAUGAGGAACCAAAAAGGGGGAAGAGAAAAAAAAACGAAAAAUGGAAAAUAGAAUACAUAUAGAUGAACUUUACAGUGUUUUGUUUUUUUAUAUAUAUAUCUCUGACUGUGAGUGAUAUUGUGUGCAUCUCCACACAAGUGAAAGAAAAAGAGAUGAAGAGAGGGAGAGCAAGUUUAGCAAGAUUUCAAUUCAUCACUCCCAUGACUAUGAAAUGAGCCUUACAUCAUUCUGUGCUGGGAGUUUAGAAGACCACAAAAAUGUUUCCUCUUCUGUUAAGGUACUCUGGGCUUUGAACCAGAGCAGUGUAAGGAGCUUCAUACUACCUGCUGUUUCUUUUUCAAUUUUUUUUUUGUUUUUUUUGUUUGUUAAAUGUGUUUUUAAAACUUUUUUUUUUUUUUUUUGCCUCAGAAAUUGGAGCCAGCUGAAAAGCUCUCACUGAAUUUUGGGUGCAGACUUUACGGAUUGGAAUGGCUAUGUGAGACAAAGCCGCCAUGUCAAAUUCACGUACACCCAAGCGUGGGGAUAAUGUAGCCUAGCGUAAUGUCACGAUAGGCAAUGAAGUGAACUUUUUUGAGAAAAGGAAGAAAAGCACCUGAGAAUACGCCCCUGAGAAUACUCCCCUGAAACCCGUCAUACCCCACCCCAAAACAACGGGGCACUUAGGGUGCCCCUGCGUAGUGCAUUAUUUGAGCAGUUGAUUUGCCUUUUGGGAUCAAAGAAGAAAUCCCUGUAGGCAGAACAGGUUUUCUUUGGUAAAAGAAACAGAAAGCCAGCCUGGUUCACGAAGAAGUUGGCGGAAGAAGGGUAAAGUAGCACAGUGUGAAAAUGAAUGUGAAUCACUUUUGCCAUCUCCAGCCAGACAGCGCUAGCUGAGACUGACAUUUGAAAAGGCCUUAGUGCCUGUGUAGGGAACGUUAGCAUUGAAGCUACCAUUAGCCAUGGUCAGAGGCAUGGCCUGAUUGAUUUUUUUUUGCCCACCUCUGAAUGUGAUUUAAAAUAUAUAUAUAUUAAAUGAACCAGGGAUUUUUAAUUCACAAUCCACUUUCUACAGGCGUUAAUGACACAAAUCUUCUUUUUUGUCUUGUAUUGAGCCAAAAUACCUCAUAAGUAACAGAAUUUCAGAUGCUUACUCGGAUAAAAGGGAACACCUUUUUUUUAUUUUUAUUUUUUUUAUAUAUAUAUAUGUAAAGCUCUUGGCUGCACGGCACAACUGCAUACUGGCCAUGGAUUGGCAGAUGGUCUGUGGUUGCUCUGUGACUUGGCCAUUCAAAGACACCACAUCCACUGCUGGGGCCGACAACAGUCACGGUCGUUUGUGUACAUUUGACAGAAGUCAAAGCCCCAAACAAGAGGCGCAAGGAAGGUAGAGGGGUGAAAAAAAGUGAACGUGACUACAAGAAGCUCGAGGAAAUGCUACUGUAUCUCCUGCAGUUGUCAUGGUGUGUUGCUGUCGUAGACAGUCUUGUCAGUAUAGUGUCAAGAAUUCAGUCCUCUUAUUUUUGUUCGUUUUAGGUGUUCAGCAUCCUUCUUGUUUUGUAUUUUAUAUUUGUUUUUCUUUUGUUGGGGUGGGGUGGGGCGGGGCAGGGUGUUUACUUUGAAAUCCUGACACCUUCAGGAUUCCUGUUUGCCUUUCCACUGGUAUUUCCCAGAGGCAUGCACUCUUUUUUGAAAAAAAAAAAAAAAAAAAAAAGACAAAACAAAAUCUCUUCUGGGCAGCCUCCUUGGGUUGCGUAGUGUCUUCCUAUACUCUCUCAAUAUGCUUGGUGUCACUAUGGAUGUGUGUAGUGUGUUGGCUACAGAGAUUGAGGACCACAAGCAACACUGCCUACUUUGAAGGCCAUGGUUAAGCCAAUUGCACAAGGAAGCUGAAAAUAUAUCUGAGCUGUACAUGUAGGCAGUCUGAUUCAAUGUAGGCAAGGGCUUCCAAUAACGCCCAUGUUUCUCAGAGACCACUGGAACAUUAGAGGCCAUUUGUUUUUGUUUUCAAAACACACACUUCCCAUAUAUUGAUGUAGUAAGGGAUUCAAACAAUGGAUUCAUCUGGGAAUUGAUUUCCCAUACACUUGUACAAACAAGUGAGUGUUUUUAAGUCGUCUUGGAGUCAGACUUGAUAACGCGUCAGCCAUGUUCUGAAUAGAAUAGAAUAGAAGUGUGUGAUUUUGAAAAAAACAAAAUGGCCUGAUCCCUGAUUUAUUUUUUCUUUUCUUUUCUUUUUCUGUACUCUUAUCUCCAGUGCACUGGGGCAAGCAGUGUACCUUCCGUAGUUCUCAGCUGCACGGGGUUGCGUCCUAAUCCACUGUCACAGGUGCCCUCCUCUCUUACUCUUUUACCUACAGAGCUUUCGUUUGCUAGCAUAGGAGAAACAGGAAGGAUGAAGUCAAGUCCGCUCAAUACCUCAUUUUCAGGGAAAAAAAUAAAACGUCAACAGUGGCGUGCAAUAACGAGAGGAGUCGCAUUUGUUGGUCUUGGUUGGGAAAAAAACUGAACACCUCUAUCACAGUUUACAAGGGCACUCUUUGCAGUGGAUUGAAUCGAAACCUCAUUUUUCUACCGGUAAGCUAGUGUAUAAUGUGCACUGACUUAAUAUUACCUACUUUUCUAUAGGUCGACUGUGUCAAUAGCGAGAUAAAUCAUUAUCAGCCUUCUUUUGUGUCAGCACUGGCAUUAACAGACAAUAACUCACAGGGCUUAGAUGCUUUUCACUCAGUCAAAGUGGUCACCUGCAACCUUAACCUUGCAAAUAGCUGAGUUGUGCAUCACUAUUGCUAGGAGCAAGCUGGAUUUUCAAACUUUGGAUCAGUGUAGUAGUUCUGCUGCUGAACAGCACUUGUGCUGUGUCCUCAAUGUCUCUGUGAGGCAUGAUUGCCGAUCUACUUCUUUUUACAUGUUCUUGUAGAGCCUGAGGCAUAUUAGCAUGUACGUCUUGGGACAACCAUGGCUAAGUUUUGAGGCAUAUUAGCAUGUACGUCUUGGGACAACCGUGGCUAAGUUUUGGGUUGUAUUAGCAUGUGCGUCUUGGGAGAACCAUGGCUAAAUUUUGGGUCUAAAUGUGGAAAGAAAUGACACGUGUAUUUUAGUUUGUUGGACAUUUCUAAAUCAAUCCAGCACCUUGAAGUAGUGGUAUAUAAGGUGUGUGGUGCCUCAGAGAAUCUGUGAGUGGGUUUUAAAAGUGCGGUCCGUGAUUUCUAAUUCACAACACUUUUUUGUUAAGUUCAACUAAUUGCUCCU